GCGGCCACUGGGCAGAGCGGGCUGCGGACACCACCGGCCAUGGAGGGCGAGGACCACCCGUGGCAGGGCAGCAUCCUUUACAACAUGCUUAUGAGCGCAAAGCAAAUGCACGCGGAUCCGAAGGCGCCCGAGGCGCGUCUCGCGGCUCCGUGCUGGGGCUGCUCGUGCGGCGCUGAGCCCCGUGUGGGCGGAGAGCGGCUGCCCGGAGGGCGAGCCCUGGCACUCCUGUACCGCUGCUGCUUCUGCGGUGAAGACCACCCGCGGCAGGGCAGUAUCCUCUACAACAUGCUUACAAGCGCCAAAGAGGCGCACGCGGCUCCGAAGGCGCCAGAGGCGCGGCUCCGGGCUCCGUGCUGGGGCUGCUCAUGCGGCGCUGAGCCCCGAGUGGGCGGAGAGGGGCCGUCGGGCGGACAGGCCACGUCGCUUCUCUAUCGCUGUUGCUAUUGUGGUGAAGACCACCCGCGGCAGGGAAGCAUCUUGUACAGCUUGCUCACUAGCGCAAAGCAAUCGCACGUGGCUCCAGAGGCGCCCGAGGCGCAGCUGAGGGGCGGGUGGUGGGAGCGCUCCUACUGUGCACCGAGGCUGGGGGCCCAAGAGGGGCUACACAGUGGCCGAGCCCUGUCGCUCUUGUGUGGCUGCUGCUUUUGCGGGGAAGAUCACUCACAGCGAAGCAGCAUCCUCUAUAGCAUGGCCAGGAGCGCAAAUCAAAUGCUCACAGCUCCAGAAGUGCAGCCGAGGGCCCCCUGGUGGGACACCUCGUGUGAUGCGCUGCGACCAGUGGCCCUCAAGGAUCCACAGGUGGUGUGCGAGGCAGCUUCGGCGGGCUUGUUGAAGACCUUGCGCUUCGUCAAGUACUUGCCCUGCUUCCAGGUGCUGCCACUGGACCAGCAGCUGGUGCUGGUGCGCAGCUGCUGGGCGCCCCUGCUCAUGCUGGAGCUGGCCCAGGAUGGCUUGCACUUUGAGACGGUGGAGUCCUCGGGGCCCAGCAUGCUGCAGAGGAUCCUCACCAGCAGGCGGCAGGAGAUCUCGGGCGAUGAGCCACCGCCCCUGGCCACAUUGCAGUCCCAGGUGCCACCGCCGCCAGAGGCCGGGCAGAUGCCCUCAGCUGCAGCGGUCCAAGCCAUCAAGGGCUUCCUUGCCAAGUGCUGGAGUCUGGAAAUCAGUACCAAAGAGUAUGCCUACCUCAAGGGGACCGUGCUCUUUAACCCGGACCUGCCAGGCCUGCAGUGCGUGAAGUACAUCCAGGGACUGCAGUGGGGAACUCAGCAGAUACUCAAUGAACACAUCAGGACAACGCACAGAGGGCACCAGGCCAGAUUCGCAGAACUGAACAGUGCUCUUUUCCUGCUGAGAUUCAUCAAUGCCAAUGCCAUUGCUGAACUGUUCUUCAGACCCAUCAUUGGCACAGUCAGCAUGGAUGAUAUGAUGCUGGAGAUGCUUUGUGCAAAGUUAUGAAGGCAUUUGGCCCAUCCAAGUAAAGUUUACCAUGUAAGAGGUAUGGAUAGAAGAGUAUCCAAUAUUGAGAAGCAAACUUUCUUAUUAUUUUUACAUGCAUAGUAUUUUUGUAUUCAAUUAAAGAAAUAGUUUAGUUAUAGAUGACUAAAAAGGCCUCUGUUCUAUAAUGUUUCGCUGUGAAGGAAAAUAUUUGUGAACCGCUAACAUGCUUCUGUCCAUUUUUAAGAGCAGAGUAUUCCGCUAGUAGGCUAUUUCCACAAGCUUAAUUGCUGCCACCAUUGUACCUGCUCAAAUUAAAUUUGUAAUAUUAC